AAUUGGGUCCUUCUUUCUCUCUCUCACUACACUAAAACAUAAAGUUGCCAGCCACCCUCCUUGACCCUUUGGUUUCCUAACAACAAAAUUUCUUCAACUCAUCAUCAUCUUCAAUACAAAAUUCACUGUUACAUUAAAACUCAAUUUCUAGAGAGAGAAACAGUAAUGGCCGAUGAAAACUCACCGAGCAGCAGAGAUCGGGAGCUCCUGAAACCUGUCGCCACCACCGUUGACCAUGACGGCGGCGCGUCGUCGUCAAAACCCUCGCCGGCGUCCAGUUCACCGUCGCAUAACUCCGGCCGUGAGUUGGUAGAAGUUGCGAAAGAUGUGAAAACGACAAAGGAUCCGACAUACGCUAAAAUAUUGAGUUCUACGUUGACUUCGAUAUUGGGUUGGGCUGAACAAAGACUUCUUGCGUAUCAUGAUACAUUUGAUAACGUAAACAUUAAUUCUAUGCAAAGUAUUGUGUCUUUAGGUAUGUGCAGCAUUAUAAUUCAUGAUACACCAGUUAAGCACGUUGAAACGACCAUAAGGACUACUUAUACAAAUUCGGGUUCGGAUUUAGAAGAAAACGUUGACGAUGAUCCACGUGAAAGGCAGUCGACCGGUGAUGGGAUUGGGGAUGAUAGUGCCAUGCGUUAACUAAAGUUCGGUCCAUGUGUUAGCCAAUAAGACAAGGAGGCGUGCGAGAGCUACUGCGUUUUUUCCAUUUACGUUUCUUGUUUUUUAUUUUGGAAGACAUCUUUUCCCUUUUUUUUUUGGCACAAGAGUUAUGCCGACAGAACAAAUUACGAUCCAUGGUUUGAUAAAGUUUUAGCAUGCCUCUUUAUAUAGGUCUUUGACUUACGUAUAUGUGACGUGUGUGCGUUAUGAAAACCGAGACUAAAAAUGUGGAAAGAACUGCUCUUCUUUUCUUUUA